ACCGCAGGUGACUGUCAAAAUAAUCGAAAUUUGCUGAUGCCACAGCUUCUUCGGUAACAGUUGACGUGCAGAGGAGACAAGCGGCCAUGCCUGGCAUUGAAAAAUUGCACCUGGAGGAUGCACUUGAAGACAGCCCUCAGACGAGACAUCUGCUGUCUGUAUUUGAGAAGGAUGCUUUGGCCCUGAAGAAAUACAGUGCAGGCCUUCAUGGAUGCUGCCAAAGGAUUAUGAAAGCACAGAACGAGCUCUGUGCUGCCACUCAGUCUUUGGCCCAGCAUCUCCGAGACUAUGAAAUUCAGAAAUUUGCUUUAGAAACAGAGGACAGUAUCCUGACUUCUACUCUGAAACAAUACGCCAGCUACCUAGACGAUGUGAGCUCCAUCCAGCAGGUGCUGUCAGCCCAGCUGUCAGAGACCAUGAUGUAUCCCUGCACCAAGUUCCUUCAGGCUGACCUCGAAGAGGUGAUGACAAUGUACGAGAUGUUUAAUAUCGCAUCAAGUGAACAUUCAAGUGCCCAAAGUAGAUACAUGAAACUACCAAAGAGAAGAGAGGAUGAGAGAUCAAGGAAUGACGCCAAUCAAGAGCUAUAUUUAACGAGGAAGAAAUUUCAUCAGACAUCUUUACACUACUUUUCCUGCCUAAACGCCCUACAAUACAAGAGGAAGUUCUGUCUGUUGGAGCCUGUCAUGGGAUACCUCCAUGCACAGAGGGCCUUCUUCAGGAUGGGGCAGGAUGCUGUGGGAAAGACUGAUAUAGAAGAUUUUCUCACUAAUAUUGCCACCAGUGUGCAAGGGGUACAACAGGAACUUCAGCAGGAGACUAAGAAAACAGUGGAUUUGAUUGACAAUCUGGAACAGCAAAGUGCACAUCUGUACCAUGGUCAGCCACCUCUUGACAUGCCUUAUAUACCCCCCAAUACUACACUCACACAGAAAGCUGGUUACCUAUACAUUCGAAGUAAGCAGCUGUUGGCAACAAAGUGGGAGAAAUGUUUCUUCUUCACCCAGGCUGGUAACCUUAUGUGUCAGGCUAAGGAUGAGUUGGCAGGAAGUCUGGUGCUGGAUCUCAAUGAGCCUGGAGUGAUGGCGGAACCAUGUGAGGCAGAUGAUAGGAGAUUUGUGUUUGCUGUUGUAUCCCAAAAAAAGAAAUCCAUUGUGGUACAGGCAGAGAACGACAGAGAGAAAGAUGAGUGGAUUUGUACAAUCAACAACAUAGUGAGAGAGAGUGGCUAUGAGAAGGGAACUAAAGCUCAUCCACCUCCACAACAAACCAAGAAGGAGAGGGCUGGUAGCAGUAGUAGCAUGACAAAGCAGGCAUCUGGUUCAGUGUCUGAAUCCAGUAGUCCUGAUGGGCAGAGUAUCAGCAGUAAUGCCAGUAACAACAACAACGCGACGUCCCCGACGACAACCUCUGGCCCCGCCCCCUCCCCAGGCGAUGUUUUCCUCCCGGAUGCACCCAUACAGUUUGACAUUAUCACACCCACAGAUGAGAACGGCACCGUGACGACCAACCUGGCUGGCCCCCCAAAGAUCAACCCAUUUGAUCAGUCUGCAACAGAAGUUCUCGACACACUGGAUGCUGCCAUUGAAAAUGCAUCGUUUGUGGAGAGUUUCCUUGUGCGAUUCCUUGGCUCUAUGGAGGUGAAGAGUGACCGAGGUGAACCUUUGGUGCAUGAGACAAUGAGACAGAUCAUGGCUGCUCGUGCAAUUCAUAAUGUGUUCAGGAUGACUGAGUCCAGACUCGUGGUGUCUAGUGAGUGUAUGAGGUUGAUAGAUCCAGGAACAAAUAAUGUUAGAACACAAUUCAGCUUGGCUGAUAUAUCCUUCUGGUCAGCUCACCAUGAAAAUAACAGACUGUUUGGGUUUAUAACAAGGACCAAGGCCCCAGGAGCUGCAAUCUCAACGUUUGCCUGUCACGUUUUCGAGUGUAAUGUAUCAGCUGAAGAGAUAUGCCAGGCAAUUGGUACAGCCACAAAGCUCGCCUUCCAAGCUAUCAUGGAAAGGAAAAAGCAGACGAAACAGCAGCAAGUUAAGAAGAAGGAGAGUGCCCUACUACUAGCUAACAUAGGACAGAUAGAGGACGCCCCAGAGGGAGAGGAGGGACUAAGUGCCCUGCCUCUCUCUUCUGAUGGAAAAUAUCUAGUUCUUACCACAACAGAUGAAUCAGAUCUCUACGCAGAGCCACAGGACAUGGAGGAGAGCAUGGCAAAGCUUAGUGUGAGUAGUGCCCCACCAGAGGAGAUAGACAGCGAGUCAGAGGCAUGAAGUACCAACACACUACUCCAGAUUGGACUAUCAGUAUUGAUUGUAAACUUGUGAUCAACUGUGUUGUGCUAAUUUAAUUAGAUAUUUUAAUGCCAUAUUUUUUGCUAUUAACUUUAUAAAUUUUGUGACCUUUUUUGUGCUAAUUUAAUUAGUCCUACUUUUGUCUGUGUAUUUUUGGCUGAUUUUAGACAUAUUUUUUCCCCUCCAGUACAAUAAUGAAGUACUCGUCUAGUUAGACAGCUGGGGUGACAGAGGAUACCAGUCUGCUUUAGUAUUGACGUUCUCUCAAGGACAUAUCUAGACAUUCCUAGUAUUUAUUUUACUUUUUGUUUUUCUUGCCUUUGGACUUCCAAUUCAUAGAAGCAAUAUUAUUUGUUAUUUAUUGGCCCUAGAUACUGUUUUCAGCAAAUUCCUUUAAGUUUCACUUUCAGAGCUUCUUGUUUAUGGGUGUAGUUGGCACUUGUUCUGUAAACUGCUAGGCUGUAGGUUUGAUGCUUUCUAAAAUAAGAGCACAUUGUUAUGGAAGCCAAUAUUGUUGCUGUAAUGUUACAGAUUGAAGUUUGAAAUUACCAUUUUGAGUGUAUUACAACCUUUAAGAGGGAGCUGAAUUUUUUUUCAUAGGUUCCGCAAAAAAAAAAAAAGCUUUGGAAGCCAUUCAAUUCAGCAAGCCUAUUCACCUUGUAACAUUUUCCACAAGUUGACCAUUUUGCUUACUGGUGACCUUCAAAGAAUUUGAGUCAUUGAGUUAUUGUAUAUUUGAAUGUGACCUUGACCUUGAAUUCAUUUUCAAUGUUAACUGUAUGUGAAUCUUAUGUAAGUGUUUUGUAACUACAAUGUGUAAGUAUUAGAUUAUCUCACAGCAUGUUCUGCUUUGAAUAGCUGCAAGGUUUAAUGUGGCACUGAGGUCAUUGAUGGAUGUGUUUGACCUUGACCUUGACAGUCACCUUUCAGAUAUAUAUAUAUUCAUGUUAUAUUUCAGUAGAGCUCUGCUUUCUAUGAAGAGUCAACAGUACAGCAUUAUGUUAUUAUGUGAUGUGAAAUUUAUGCUGAUUUGAUUGAAAGUGUAUAAUAAUACUGAGGUUUGUGACCUUGACCCUUCCCAGCUGUUGGUUUUAUGUUGUCUCUUUGUGAUGUAUAACAUUACAAUCAUCACUCUCUCUUUCAUCAAAAGGUUUUUUGACAAAUGAUGUCGGAUAGUUACUUUGAAAUAAUAUGAAAAUGAUAAGAAUAUUUUUACAACUCCUUUGAUGUCUUGUUAUAUUCAUGUAGUACACGGUGAUAAAUUAAAUCAUUGUACCUACAAACAUGUAACUUCACUAAUCACAUGGUUAUCCCCAUCUGCACCAAAGCCUUCGUGAAGAUUUACCUUAACUGAGGCAUAGUUUACCGGGUAGGGAAGAUUGAAUGGUAAAGGAUUCCUCGUGGUGUUGUUUUAUAAAACUUAACUUUCCUAUAGUAUAUUUUAAAAUUUUGAAAUUAUUUCUUCUUUUCUCAUGAGUAAAUCUAACAAAACAUAGAACUUUUAUCUUGUUAUAUGAACCUACUUUUCUCCUGCUAGAACUAGUACUAUCCUAUGUACCAUUAUAAAUGUCAGGCUGUACAAAGCAUCAAUGGUUUAUUAUUCUGUAAGGUGUUUAUUUUCAAUUCUUGCUCAUAUAUCAACAUCUAUGUUUCAACAAUUUUUCCUUCCAUGAAAUUUAUCAGGUAUACGAACAUUCUCUUUGCUUCAUGUGUAACCCAGUGUGUAGAACAACAUAAUGUACGUUAUUUCACCCAUCUGAAGAUUCAGAUCUGUAAAAUAAAAAGAUACUCACAGCGGGCAUAUCUGGUUACUUGUAGCACUAGCUUUUAUAUAUAUAGUUACAUUGAGGAGAAAGUUAUUCAAUCGCAUCUGUUUGACUCACCAUGAAAUUGUAAACUGUAUUCUGUUAUUGCUUGAAAAUUGAAUAAAACUAGGCAUAUAUAUUUUACAUACCUAACCUGAUACCAAAAAUAUAACCCGGAUAACCCUCUAAAUACAAAACCACUAUAAAGUUUUAUAUAUUAGAGCUUUAUCAUAACAUGUGAUACAUCAGAAUUAUCUCUGAUAUACAGAAAUACAACAAUAUAAGUAUAAAGUUUAUUGGUCGUGUUGUGUGACCUGAAAUUAUUAAUGAUUAACGAGAUAUUAAAGAAUUAUAUGGACGGAUUGAAGCUGGUCACUUUGAAAUCUUCAUAUCACAAUUUUUGCUUUAAAGAACAGUUUAUUCAGGCGUAAAAUGUCAUGCUGGCAGUUCAUUGUACUGCCAGUUUCUUUGUAUGGCUUACCAUUAUAAACAGGAAAAUCCUCAAUGAUAUCUAGAUGGAAAUUUAUAUGAGAGCUUUUAUAUUUAAAAGUUUAGAAGUUUUUUCAAAUUGAAUUUUUAGAAUAAAAAAUAAUACUGAACAGGUUCACACUGUACAAAAACAUACAAAUAUAUGAUGGUGGUCAUUACAAUUUUAUUUCCUUUAGACAGUGUUAUGCAAUUGACCUAUGCAAGUGAUGCUAGAGUUGUCUGCCCUUGAUAGUAUAGGUCUUAUAGUCUCUCAGGAUGUUGGUUUAAAAUAAAAACACUGAAGGCACAUAUCAUCUUUGCACUCUGGUGCACUUUGGUGCACUCUGGCCAUAUUUUUGAUACAAUGAAUUAUUUUCCUGUUAUUUUCCAGGUGAAGGAUUUUAACUUAUUAAAAUUUUCUUAACUUUAGUGCACAUAACUUUUUCAUAUUCUUUAAAACACCAAAAAAAUGUUGAACAAUUCAAUCAUUCAUACAAUUUCUCUCUUUUUUUUUUAAAGAUUUUAGUGCAAAGUUAAUGUAAUUAAAGUUUUUUUUUUAUAUUUAGUUUUAAAAUUAUGUGGAAUGUAGAGUUUAACCUCACUUUUGUACCAUCUGUGUGCAAGUGUAUAAGACUCGGUAAAGUCAACAGUCAAACGUUGACCAUGUAAGUGGACGUCUGGAUCUCUCUAAUUAGUGUGUGUAUUUCUGUCAGCAAGUCAGCGUCCCUUUCUACAGAACCCAUAAGACUUAUAACUAGUCAUACAGGUGCAUAUACACUUGAUUAAAUAAGUUGUAGUGUUACACCUACCCUGCUAAACCUCUAACCACUUACUAGUGUCAGACAUACGCUAAGCCAUUGAAUAUCAAUUGAUUUUGAAUAAUUCAGAUUUAAUUUUGUGAAUAAUUGUAUAUUUGGUUUAAGAUGGAUGUACAUUGUUUUGCUAUAUUGUGUAAAAGUCCCUGCUGAAUUGCAUUAAUGUAAACAACCAUUGCUUGAUAACUUACUUGGUAAAGUAUUGCUUCAGUAAUACUGUUACUUAUUACUAAGCUAUGUUUUUUUAUGUGAGGUAGCGGUGUGAUUUUAAGUAUAUAUUUGCCAUAUAUAGAUAUAUAUUUGUGGUACGAUAGUAAUUAGUUUGGUGUGUGAUGGAUCAGGGGAUGUCAUUCAGCGUGUUAACAAACCAUAAACUCAUCGGGCGUUUCUCACUUAACAGGUGUGCUUCAAAUGCAGUCUCAUCAGUGUGUGUAUUACUUAUAUAAAAUAGGCUCAACAGGUGAUCACACUCUUUCUGGGCUAUUUCAUAGCAUUUACAAUUUUAUGAAAACAUGAGUUUUUUGUACUGCUUUUAUAGAUGCGUUUGCCACUUUUUGUUGUUGCCAAGUUACAUUUGUAAAUACUUGUGUUAAAAUAUUGCUGUAAUUUUUUUCACCAAAAGUAAGGAUGUUACAGAAGUGUGUAAGCAUUUAUCAAGUCUGUUAUAAGAAUUUUUUUCUUGUGUUUCAUUGCUGUUAUAAGUACAAACUACAACAAAACAUUGCAGAGUCACCGCCUGUAAGAUAUGAACGAUGAUAUGUGACCAAGUCUUACUUCUCUUUUUAUUUCUAUCUGAAUGUGGUCAAAUUUAGCAGCCUGAUAGAUUCCAUAUCUUUUCCUUCAAUAUUAAAUUAUUAGUGUCCCAGAAAAAAUGUUUAAUAUGUGCAUAUUGGAAAAAAACCAACUUUUUGGUAUUUCUUCUGAACAGCAAGGAACAUGGAUUGUGGAUGAGUUAUGUCCCUUGUUUUAAUUUUGUGUGCCAGAGAUAAAGAGAUUUUUUGUCAAAAUGCAGGAAACUUUCAGAAGCAAAUAACAUAUGUGGCAAUAGCACAUGUGUCUAAAAGCGGAAAUUCUUAUUAGUGAAGAGUACCUCAAUACAAUAAGAUGGCCUUUUGAAAUAACAAUUCAAAAUUUAUCAGAUAUAAAUGCUUGAUCCUUGUUAUGCUUAGUUCUUUUUCAUUGAGAGGUCAUUGGCAUAGGUUGACAUUAUAGAAUCGUUUCCAGCCAAAUUCAGAUACAAACGAAGCAGAUUUGAUAUUGUUGAGGUUCUUGAGCAGCAACAAUAAUUAGCUUAGUUUGAUAUUAUUCACCAUGUAUGCUUGUUUACAAAGUUUCACAAAUGAUACAUCUAGAAUUACCUCCAUGUGAAGAGUUCCAAGUCAUGAUAACUACUUAGCAUGGGCUUAUUAUCAGACAGAAAUGCACUAGAACAUAACAAGACACUUGAACAGGUAAUAGCAAACACACCCUGUGGAGAAUUAGCUCUACCUUCUGUAACUUAGACUGAAGCAUGGCCUGAAAUCAAAAAUAAAGCUUUGUAAUAUUUUUCAUCCACAAUUCAUGGAGAUAUGGCAGAUUUUGUUUGUUAUUGUUGUUUAUUUUUGGAUAGUGCUACAUAGAAACAACAGGUUGUGUGCUUACUGAAAUGAUAGGUUGUUGGUUAUAACGACUUAGUGAUUACUAGUAUGGUUCAUGUACUGUUAGCAAGCCUUGUUAGAGUAUAUUACUGUGUAUAAAGCAAUACCAGUAGAAAUACAUCAGUUGUUGUACUUGGCAGCUUAAGUACUAACUUUUAAAGUACAGUCAGGUGUGGAGCUACAGUAAUGACAAGUGAUAUAGCUGUCAAUAGUAGUGGUGACUAAGCAUUCUGAAUUCCCAGAGUUACUUCCCCUUAAUUUCACUUAGUUGUUUGGAAGAUUUUUUGCAAAAAAAAAUUAAAUGUUUGUAAAGGCUUAAGAAAUGCAUUGUUGUUUGGAAGAUUUUUUGCAAAAAAAAAAUUAAAUGUUCGCAAAGGCUUAAGAAAUGCAUUUAUUUUGUGAACUUCUUCACUUUGCUGCUGUGGAAAUAUAUUAUUGUGUUUUGUUUGGUGCAUGCAUAGACCAUGCUUUGUAGGAUUUUGUUUUAUUGAUAAUGAAAAGAGGUAAAUACAUAUACUAGGUGUUCUAUUUAGAGUUUAAUGUUUAUUUAGGUUGAUAAUGUUCAAAAAGUAGGUGAGAACUAUUAGAUAUACAUGCAGUAUUUCUAAAACAUAUUUUCAUCCUUUUAUGGUUUAAAAAAAAUCAGACAGUGAAAUGUUCAGUUUAUAACGUACCAAAGGCAAAAAAAUACAUUUUGUAUUUAGGAAACUCAAUAAUUGAUUCAAAUAAGUUUUUGUUAAUGAAAAUAAUUGAGAAAUAACUUUGGACAGAUACUCUGUCCUGAUAUGAUUUAGAACUGUGAUAUGUAUAUAUUUAUUUUUCAUUCUGGUGCGAAAUAUUCGUCUGAUUACUCCAUAUCUCAUUGACUGGUUAGAUGGUGGUAGAAGGAUAAAUUGUGUAACAAGUAUGAGUGUGGAAUGUGGUAUAUAGCGCUGUACAUGCUUAAUUCCCAUUUAAAUUUAUAUACAGAAUAGUAAGGUACUAUUAUAGUAAAAGAGAGAAGAAGAAAAGUAGAGAUGGGUGAGAUAGGUACAUACAAGAGAGGUAGGUACAGACAGGUGAGAGAGACACAGACAGGUGGAAAUGGUGAGAGAGGAACAGACAGGUGAGAUAGGUACAGACAGGUGAGAGAGAUACAGACAGGUGAGAGAGGUACAGACAGGUGAGAGAGAUAACAGACAGAUGAGAUAGGUACAGACAGGUGAGACAUGAGAGAGGAACAGACAGGUGAGAUAGGUAGAGACAGGUGAGAGAGACACAGACAGGUGAGAGAGGUAUAGACAGGUGAGAUAGGUACAUACAGGAGAGGUAGGUACAAACAGGUGAGAGAGACACAGACAGGUGAGAGAGGUACAGACAGGUGAGAGGUACACACAGGUGAGAGAGAUACAGACAGGUGAGAUAGGUACACACAGGAGAGAGGUACACACAGGUGAGAGAGAUACAGACAGGCUAGGUAGGUACAGACAGGUGAGAGAGGUACAGACAGGUGAGAGAGGUACAGACAGGUAAGAGAGGUACACACAGGUGUAUGGGGAACAGACAGGUGAGAGAGGUACAGACAGGUGAAAGAGAUAGAGAC